AUGCGUCGAGCGCUCUCUUCUUCCUUGCGAAGAAUGUGUCUAACGACGAGCGAGAUAGAAGGAGCGACGACGACGUCUACUUCGUACCAUCGAAUCGUUCCUUCCGCCGCUCGAUGCUUAUCAGGUGGUUUUAAAAAUUCUUUUUCUUCUUCUUCGAUCGAAAAAGAACAACAACAACAACGAAAAACAAAACUUUCCGAGAGAGGCAUCGUCGUCGAGCCCGGUUCGAGCAUCGCCGCCGAAGGUGUUUUAGGUUUGAACAACUUGCGAGACGUUCCUGGAUCGAGAAAGUAUCAGAAACGAAAAGGUAGAGGUAUCGGAUCGGGAAAAGGGAAGACCGCUGGUCGAGGACACAACGGACAAAAGUCGCGUUCAGGUGGAGGACCGAGACUAGGUUUUGAAGGCGGACAAACGCCAUUAAGAUUGACGUUACCCAAACGCGGGUUUACGAACAAAAACCAGAUGCGAUUUAAUGUUCUAAAUUUAUCUGAGAUCCAGCGAACGUUUGAAAACGAAAAGAACGUCGCUUUCAGCUCUGAAACGAUCGGGAACGUCGUGACGAUGAAACACUUAUUAGCCGCCGGAUUGCUCGAUCGAAGAACGAGAUUCGGAGUGAAGCUGUUGGCUGGAAACUGUAAAAUGGACGACAUUGAAGACGUGGAAGAAGAUGAAUUCGACGAUGAAGAAGAGGAUAAUGAGAGGAUGAAGAAAAAGAAUGUACCAUUUACGCUUAAAUUGGAUAUAGAAGUGUCUCGGUGUUCAGAAACAGCAAAGGCGCUCAUCGAAAAGAACGGAGGACGAGUUACCAAAGUUCACUACAAUCGAUUAGGAUUACGCGCGCUAUUGAAACCGCACAAAUUUCCGAGAGGAUUACCGAAACCAGCGAGGACGCCACCGAGACUUUUGAAGCAUGUUGACCGCGAGGGCACCUUAGAUUUAGAAGAGCGCAAAGCGUUCGUUUGA